AUGCUGAGAUCCGACGGACCUGGUUCAUUUUCAAGAACUCUUUACUUACUUGAUAUUGCUAAGUUAAAACCGUAUUCAGAAUUUUUACUGCCGUUAAAUCAAGAACUUGAAUCUUCUGGUUUUGAUGUUUUGAAUUCUUGUAACGGGUUGGUUUGUUUGGCAAGAUUCUUGGACAAGAACCCGGUUCUUGUCUGCAAUCCGAUUACUCAAGAACACAUUCAAAUUCCAAGAAAAUUCACCGGUUCAAGAACUAUCAGUCGAAUAGAAUCAGAAUCGGAAUCGGAAAUUGUGGCAUCUGGGUUCGGUUUUAGUUCGAAGAGUAACCAGUUCAAAGUGAUAAAGAUUAUGAAUCCAAGAAAAUAUAAUUAUGGUUCGACAGGUUUUGAAAUUGGAUCAUAUAUAAGGUAUGCUGAGGUUUACAUUCUUGGAACAAGUUCUUGGAGAAAAGUUACAGAAUUCGCCCCUCAAUCUCUACAUUCUUUUCUAUUUCCCACUUAUUGGAAAGAAACGAUCAAUUGGGCAUGUGUUAAGGAUGAUAAAUUCGACAAUAUUAUAUCUUUCGAUUUCGAUAACGAACGUUUCGAAAUCAUUUCUCCGCCUCCUCGCCACCGGACCGACUCGAAUUGUAUAAGAAUGCAAGAACUUGGAGGGUGCUUAAGCGUAUGCGAUUGUUCGAGUUUUUCUAAGUAUUUGGAUAUUUGGUUGAUGAAGGAUUUUUCGGGAAAAAGAUUGUGGAGGAAAGUGAUUACGAUUCGAAUGUGGCCGUUUGAAUUGAAAUCGAUUGAGCCGAUUACAUUUCUGAAUAAUGGGAAAUUAUUGUUGAUGGUUCAUGAUUCGAAGAAUUUGGUUUGUUAUAAUCAUUUGUUAGAGAAGUUUAAAUAUUUUAAAGUUAGUGGGAUUCAAUCUUAUUUUGAAGCAUUUAGUUUCGUUCCUAAUUUUCUUUCUCUUAAGGAUAUUGUAAAGGGAAAUUGUUAA